AGUUUUUUAUUUUAGUUCAUUUUGUUUCGGCUUAUGUUACAGCAUCAAUUUUAUGAGCAGUAAGUAGAAAUUAUUUAUUUUAUUUUUAUUACAGUGUAAUUAAUUUUUUUUCAUUUUAUUUAUUUAAUUCUUAUUUUAAUUUUAAUUUAUUUCUAUUUUAUUGGAAUUUUUUUUAUUCUUUGCUAUUUUACUGGAAUUUUUUUUAUUCUUUGCUAUUUUAUUGCAAUUUUUUUGUUAUAUUUAUUUAGUUUUAAUUUUUUGCUAUUUUACUGGAAUUUUUUUGUUUCAUUUUAUUUUGCAUUAAAUAAAAAUUUAAAAUGAACGAGAUUAAAACUAUUAAUAUGCAGUUCCAUGUAGUUGAGGGAGGUAGUAGGGGAGGGGGAUCGAACGAUAUCUAACGUUUUGAUGUACAUUCAACAGUUUUCCGUGGGAUUCCGAAAGUAUCCAACAUUUCCCAACUAUCGGAUCCGAUAACUUCCGAUCGGAUUACCGUAACAAGGAAUCCGACAACUUCUGAUAGGAUCCUGUCGGAUUGUCUAGGGAAUCCGAUCGGAUCUGACUGUCGGAUUCUUCGUCCUGGGAAUACAUACGAGCGUUUAACAGCUAAAUGAUUCUGUUACAAAAAGUAAAACAUCUUAACUUACUUUUUUAGAUGGCCGAUGUUAUUAAAAGUGACAUUGAAAAAAUUGAACGAGCUUUGAAUAUUCGCGUUGAUGAUGUUGAAAUAGAAGUUGCAUUAAAUGCUGCAUUUCCACAAGCUAUUUCGACAGAUUUCAAUGGAGAACAAAUUAAAAACGAACAAAUCGACGAAACUCUGAAUUAUUAUGAUUUUGUAGAAAAUUUAAACAGUAAUCCUCAUCGUAUUGAUCAUUCAUCUCUUCUUACAUUUGCUGCAGCACUUAAUUUAUGUUAUCAACGCAAUCUAUCUAAUCAGUCAAUAAAUGAAAUUCUUCCAACACAAAUUUUUAAAAUUGAUACAAAUUAUAUUUCACAGCAUUUAACAACAAAUAAUGAAUCAAUACAAAAUAUUCGUCGAAUGAUGCAACGCGAAGAAAAAGCACGAUUAAGUUCAAAUGAAACAAUUGAAAAAUUAAUUGAAUGUGUUGCACGAAAUAUUCGUGAACAUAAAGAACAUGAAUUAAUUCGAAAAAUUGAAAUUCUACAAACAUCAACACGUGAUACAAAUAUAGUUGGUGAAGAACUUCAAAUUUCUAAAAAAAUGCUUAAUGAUUUACGAACUUUAUCCAAUCGAGAACUAAUUCAAGAAGAAAAUACAAAUACAUCUGUUGAUUGGACAAAUAUUUCUGAAAUAUUGAUGAAUAAUCAAUAUACAGAAAAACGUUGCCAGUAUGCUUGGCAGCAACUUUGUUUACCAGUGAUUAGUUAUAAUCAAAAUUGGUCUUCGGAAGAGGACCAAUUACUUAUAAAUACAGCUCAAAUAUAUGGUGCAUAUGCUGAUCAAUGGAAAAUUAUUGCUUCAAAUUUUCCUCAACGUUCAUCAUAUAUGUGUGCAAAUCGUUAUAUGUUUUUAGAGAAUACUCGCUUGAAUAAAGUAAAAUUUUCAAAAGAUCAGAUAGACGAAUUACAACAAGUUAUUAAAGAAUAUCGUCAUGAAAAUUAUGUUCCAUUAAAUAAAAUUGCUUAUAAAUUGGGCUGCAGCCUCUCAACAGUACGUCGUGAAUGGCGUAAUAUUGAUCCAAAUGUUCGACGAGGCCCAUGGCAAGUAGACGAAGACGAAACUCUUAUUCGAAGUGUAUUAAAACAAUCAAAUCGUGGUGCAAUCAAUUGGAAUUUCGUUGCUUGUGAUGUACCUGGUCGUUCACAAACAAAAUGUUAUCACCGAUAUAUUCAUUUAACAAGAAAAAAUGUCAAAACUGAAUUUGAACCUAAAGAUGAUCAAUUAUUAAUUGAACAACAUCAACUUAAAAGUGCUCGUUGGUCUCAAAUUCAGCCAUUAUUUCCUGGGCGAUCAUGUUAUAUGUUACAAAAUCGAUGGCGGAAACUAAUGCAAUAUCGCCAAAUGAAUGAAUUAUUUAAUUCUCAAGAAUUACAUGUUCAAUUAUUUAUUCUGAAACAAUUUCCAGCAAAAAAUACAGACACUUCUUCAUAUAAUAAUCCAUAUCAUCCACCAAAUUUUCAAUUAACUUAUGAUCAAUUACAAUGUUUAGUAUCGAACUCUUUAUUUAAACAAUUUUGUAAUGAAAUUGAUUUAAAUCAUGUUAUUAAUCACAUUGGCAUUAGACAAUUUCUUAAUAAAUUAUCAACAUCUACUAAUAUUCAACAAAUAAAACAAUUAUUUUUUUCAGUCAAAGGAACACGUCAAAAACAAUUAAAAUAG